GGUUAGUCGAUCAAGAUGUUCCGCGCCUCGACCCGCUUCUCUGCUCUUGUUGCACUUGCCACGUCCUUGGCUAAGGUCCAGGCAUUCGAUAACUCUGCCCGUGAUAAUCUUGCCGUCUACUGGGGUCAGAAUUCGUACGGUGCUGCCAACUCGAACACUGCCUACUUCCAGCAGCCGAUCGACUUCUACUGCCAGGAUGACAGCAUUGAUGCCAUCCCGGUCGCGUUCGUCGACACCUUCUUCGGCACUGGCAACUUGCCCGUCAUGAACUUGGCCAACACUUGCAACAACGUGGACAAUGCCACCUUCUCUGGCACUGAUAUGCCCAACUGCCAGGCGCUGGCGUCCAACAUAGAAGCUUGCCAAGCGAAGGGAAAGAUCGUCACUAUCUCCCUCGGAGGUGCAGGAGGCGGCGUCGGUUUCCAGAGCGACGACCAGGCUGAGACAUUCGCUCAGACCAUCUGGGAUCUCUACCUCGGAGGUUCCAGCAGCACUCGCCCGUUCGGUGAUGCCGUUUUGGAUGGUGUGGAUCUCGACAUUGAGAGUGGCGGUGGAACCGGUUAUGCCGCUUUUGUCACCAAGAUUCGCUCUCUUGCCAGUGGCGCCAGCAAACAAUACUACAUUACAGGUGCACCCCAGUGCCCAUUCCCUGAUGCCUCUUUGGGAUCGGUCAUUAAUGCAGUUGGUUUCGACGCCAUUUACGUCCAGUUCUAUAACAACCUGUGCGGUCUGGAGAACGACGGCAGCGCCAAUGAUUGGGAUUUCGGUAUCUGGGAUUACUGGGCCCAGAAUACCAGUCCCAACAAGGAUGUCAAAGUCUACAUUGGAGCGCCCGCAUCGAGCACAGCAGCUGGCCGUGGAUACGUUGACAUUGGCAACCUGACCGGCAUUGCUAAGCAAAUGCACGACACAUUUCCCUCGUUCGGUGGUGUCAUGCUUUGGGAUGCUUCCCAAGCUUACGCGAACAGCAACUACGCUGCGGCGGUCAAGAGCGCCCUUGUGGCUGACGGGGCGUCUGGCUUCACGGCCCCUGCUUGCUCUGCGCCCGCUUUCCAGUCUGGAACUGAUUACUCUGGUGGCUCUCAAGUUACUUACCAAGGCUACAUCUGGCAGGCCAACUACUACGCCUCCGACACUCCCAGCGCGUCUUCUAGCUCCGGUGACUGGAACAUCAUCUCUGCUUGCUCUGGUAGUGGUACUAGCACCACAUCGAGCUCUGCUGCCUCUCCGUCUACCACGUCAGGAGGCUCUGGUAGCUGUGCUGGCGUAGCUGCGUAUUCUGCAACUGCUGUCUACACCACGGGCAACCAGGUCACCUACAACGGCGACCUUUGGACCGCUAACUGGUGGACGCAGAACUCCGUCCCAGGCGGUUCUUCCGGCGCCUGGGCUGAUAACGGCGCGUGCUCGUCGUCCAAGCGUGCCAACUCCCGGCUCUUCAAGCGUGGACUGUAAGUUGGUCGAGGCAGGAGUAGUUGAUUAUUUAUACAUAAUUCACGUAUUCUGUGAUGGGUCACUGAAGCAUUUCAUUAUCUCCUGGGCGACACAAGGUUGCAGUCUGAGAACCACCGAUGUACAUCUACGUACAAC